AUGGUUGGCUCCUGGAGCACCAUCUUCCAAGGUAGGGAGGAAGCUAGGGCUUUUGUGACCAUUCAAAAUGGCAACCUAUUUACAUAUAUAGCAAUACUUAGAAACCAGGGGACAAAUGGCAACCCAUUUUCCCUACAUUUAGCGGGCCACUUACUUUGACCAGGGGGGCCCACAACAUUAGGGUUAGUUAGGGGAGAGUUCUUCACCAAGUGGCUAUGGUCUAAAAAGUAGUGCCACUUAUUGUAGGGAAUUAGGGUUUGCCAUUUCUAUGGGUCAAAGCAGUGCCACUAUAUAGGGAAUUUAAGCGGGUUUUUUGUUUUGGUUUGUUGUUGCCAAUUCUCUAGGUCUUAAUAUUAGUUGCCAAUACAUUAGGGAAUAAUAGGGGUGGUUGCCAUUCUUCUGGUCUAAAAAGUAGUGGCCACUAUUUAUUAGGGGGCAUGGGUGCCAUUCUUCUGGUGGUCUUGUAAAGAAGUAGUGCAAAUACAUAGGGGAAAUUUCGGGGUGCCAUUCUCUGGUCACAAGUAUUGCACUUACCCAUUAAGGGGGAUAGGGUGACAUUCUUUUGGUCCCUUUUAAGAGUCCUUAUUUAAGGGAAUAGGGUUUGCCAUUCUUCUGGUUCUUAAUGUUUUUUUAGUGCACUUACAUAGGGAAUAGGGUUUUUUGCCAUUCUUGGUAUAAAAACGAGUUGAGUGGCACUAUAUAGGGAAUAGGGUGGCAAUUUUUCUCUGGUUAAAGUUAAUUGCACUUUAUAGGGAAUUUAGGUUUUUUGGCCCAUUUCCCUCUGGGUCUUUUUUCUAAUUGUAGUGGGCAACUUUACAUUGAGGGAAAAUUAGGGUAUGCUUCUCUGGUUCUAAAGUAGUUGCACUUACAUAGGGAAAGAGCCGGUGCAUUUCUUUUGGGUCUAUUUUCUAAAAAGUGUUUGCCCUUAAUAUAGGGAUAGGGUGGGCCAGUCUUGGUCUUGAAUGUAUAGUUUGCCACGACAUAGGGAAAUAGGGGUUUGCAAUUCCUCUGUCUCUUAAAACAGUAGUGCCUUAUUCAUAGGGGAAAAAUGGGGCCAUUUUCUCUAGUACUAAACGUUUUAAGUGUUGCCAUAUAUAGGGGGAAUUUUUAGGGUGCCCUUCCUUUCCUGGGUCUCUAAGUAGUGCCCAAAUAGGGGAAUUUUAGGGGUGCCAGUUCUCGGGUCUAAAAGUAGUUUUGCCAUUAUAUGGGAAUUAGGGGUUGCCAUUCCUUUGGUCUAAAGUUGAGUGCACUAUAUUAGGGGAAUAGGGUGGCAUUCUCUUGGGUCUAAUCGGAGUGCACGAUGAGGGAAAUAGGGGGUUUGUUUUUUUUGCCAUUCCUAUGGGUUUAAAAAGUAGGUUUGGCACUAUAAGGGAAUUAGGGGUGGCCAUUCUUCUCGGUCUUCUAAAAGUUUAGAAGUAGGAGUGGCCCUAUAUAGGGAAUAGGGUUGGCCAUUCUCUUGGUAUAAAAAGUAGUGCACCUAUAUGGGAAUAAGGGUUGUUGCCAUGUUCUCUGGUCUCUAAGUAGGGCAUAUAUAGGGGGAUAGGGGGGGUGCUUUUUUUGGCCAUUUCUUAGGUCUAAGUCGUUUUUUUGCCUAAUAUAGGGAUCAGGUGUUUUUUUUUGUUUUGACAUUCCUCUUGGGUUCUAAAACAGUUAGUGCCUAUAUAGGGAAAGUUGAGGGUUGCCAUUUCUCUGGUUCUAAUCUAAACGUUUUUAGUGCCUAUAUAGGGAAAAUUAGGGUUUGUUUGCCUGUCUCUGGUCUAAAUCGAUAAAAGUAGUGCACGAUUUAUAGGGGGAAUAGGGUGCCAUAUCUGGGUUCUUAAUGGUAGUGGCCCACUAUAUAGGGCAUAGGGCUGCCAAUUUUCUGGUCUAAAUUGUAAGGCCCACUAUGAGGGGAAGAGGGUUUUUGUUUUUUUGGCCAUUCGCUAGGGUCUAAUGUUAGUGGCCAACUAUGUAGGGGGGAAUCGGGUGGCCUUUGGGAGACACCCAUUGUGUUUGGAAAAAAAACUUCAUUCCCCAUCUUUCCAAGGAUUGAUUUUCAAGGUGUUGUCUCUUGUGUUUCUCUGUGUCUGUGUGUGUCUGUGUGUGUGUGUGUUAGUGGUGUGGUGUUCUUGUGUCUGUGGGUUGUGUGUGUUCUUCUGUUUGUUCUGUGUGUUGUUUUUGUGUAUUUCUGGUGUGAUUGAGGUCUUGGUGGGUGUGUGUUUGCCUAGUGUCAAAACGUUUGUGUGUUUUGGGUGUGUGUCUGUUGUGUGUUGUGUUUGGUAUGUUGUUGUGUGUGAAAACGUCCCCCCAAGGGACGGGACGUUUCCAAAAACGGCUUCUGGCAAAAAAGCUUCCCGCAAGUUGAUGAGAAGCUCCGGGUUACCAUGACCUUGGCGUUGCCUUGUGUGAAGAGGGACGACGGAGGGAGGGGGCAGGAGCAGAGUUCUGGAGCAAAAAAAACCUACCGGACUUGGCCGUGAGGGGAGGAGACGAGUGUGGAUCCAACCGAGUUUCAGGAAGGGCUGGAAUCCCAGGGAAAAUUGAUAUUGGUUGGGGUGGGUGUUGGUGGGUUGUGGGGGUUUUGUUGCGUUUGGUUGGGUGUUGGUUUAAUGGUGGGGUUGGUCGGGUUGGUUGGGUGGGUUUGGGUGGGGUUGGUUUGACAUUGGGAUUGGUUGGUGGGUGGGGUGUUUUGGGUUGGGUGGGGUUGGGGGGGGGGGAUUUGGGGUUGGUAAUUGAUUUUGGGAGGUUGGGUGUGGGGGGUUGGGUUUGGGGGUGGGGUGGGGAUGGUUUUGGGUUUGUGGGGUUGGUAAUUUGAUUGGUUGGGGGGGGGGGGUGUUGGGGUUGGGGCUUAGGUUUUUUCCUUUAUUUUUUUUUUCUUGGGGGAAAAACAAACAAUUGGGUUCAUUUGUUUGGGACCAAAGAGUUUGUCCCUUUUAAUUUUUGGGACCAAAAGUUGGGCUUUACUGAACCUAUGGUCAAGCUUUUUCCUCCAAGGGGCAACUUUUUGCUUCCCCAACCACCAUUGAAUCUGUCUGUAGGUACUGGGAAAACACUCAAAACCGCCAAGGAGGUUUUUGGUUUUGUUGUUUGGUUGGAAGGGUCGGGGAGAGGGGAAAAACGAAGGCAAGGAAAAAAAACAGCUGUUGUGCCGGGACCAAGGGUCUGGUGUGUGGACAAGGAUGGGGUGGGGGGGUUCUUUGGGUUUUGGGGGAUGGCCAGGGGGGACCACCCACCCACCAAAGACAAAAAACCCAACCCCUCAAAAAAACCCCCCCCCACCACCCCCCAAAGAGGUUUCCCCAAAAAAAACUCAGGUUUUGGGCUUUUUCUUUGUUCUUCCAUGGGGCCCGAAGCAUUCAAGGCCAUUGUUCUUGAGGGAGCCAAAAACAGGCCGAAAAAAAAAAACUUUAUUUUUUUGCCAAAAUUUUCACAAGGUUGGGUUUGCCAGGGGGUUUCUUUUUUGUACCCCUUUUUGUUAAAGGCCAAGUUUUUUCUGUCGGUCUUCGUAUUGAGGGACUGAUAUAAAGGGAAUUUGCCUGUUGUGAUACCAAAUUCGGUGUUAUGUAAAACAAGUUUGUUUUUUUUUUGUUUGUGGGGGUAAAGGGAAGACCAUUGAGAACGUGGCCAAAAUGUGCCCUGCUCCUGUGUAGAGAACAACAAAAACAGUAACAUAUAACACAUUAUCCCAAAAACAGAGGUACUGGUGUGCUUGCCUAACCCCCCCCCCCCCCCUACCCCCCCCCAAAAAUGGAGUAGUGGGUCUUUACCGAUGUCCAGCCAACCUUUUGAUACAGGAUAUAAUAUAAUAUAAUAUAAUAUAAUAUAAUAUAAUAUGCCAUGCAGUGAUGAGAAUCAAAACAGUCACCUUGUAACAAAACGAAGGGCACUAUGGUAGACGGCAUCCAAAGGGUUAAGAGUAGUAGCAGCUGCACUUUGAUAAAUAAUAUCACCAUAAUCAGGAACAGAUAAAAAGGUUGACUGAAUAGUCUGCUUCCUACUGCUUAGAGAAAGGCACGAUCUGUUUCUGUAGGAAAAGCCAACUUUAAAUCUUAGCUUCUUAACCAGCUCAUCUAUAUAUUUUUUAAAUGUCAAAUCCAUAUCAAUCCAAAUGCCUAAGUAUGUUAAUGCAGGAACAUGUUCGAUAGGAGAACCAACUAAUGAGUGAACAUGCAGUUCAACUGAAACAUUCUUACGAGAGUAUAAAAACAUGUAUAUCAAUUUCUUUCUUUCUUGUUUUUUUCUUCUUCUUUUGUUGUAGAUCAGCUUAAUAUUGCAGAUAGAUUGUAUCUUCUAUCAAUGUAAUUGUCUGCAUCACUUCCAAUCCCCCAUGUUUUUUAUAUAUAUAUUCCCCUUUAUUACUUUCCAACCCUGCCACCUUUCCCUUCUUGGAGUAAACUAGUGAACAACAACGCCUAGGCCUCUACUUCCAGCCCAUACCCACUAUCUACAUUUUAUGGACACAGUCAAUUUUACAAUAAUUAUAUUUUAUUUGUUUUUGCUCCUGAACUUCUUCUACUCUCAACCUCUCUGAUCAUUUUCAUGAUGUCCAUCCGGUUUGCUUCUAUAUGCCAUAUCUUUCUAACUGUGCUCUUUCACAAAAGCUCCCAACAUACAACCUAUAUACUUAUUACUUAUUAUGGACACAGUAUGCUUACAUUAUUAGUUAUCUUGUUAUUAGUUGUUGUUAGUUGUUAUUAGUCCCAUCCUUCAGCUCCAUUCAACACCUCCCAUCUAUCUCUUAACACCAUCCAUAUAGGAUUUCUAUUUGCCAUAUAUAUUUCAACUGUACUGUGAUGUUUUACAAAAGUUCUGAACCUUUCUAUUCGCAAUUGCUUCUACAGAUUGUGAAUUAAAAAUAAACAUUUUUGCUAAAAGUAUUAUUAUAUUAUUGAUCGAUUGACUAUGACUUUUCAGAUCACCCAGUAAUGCUAUCUGCAAGGUGUCAUGAGCCUCUCACUCCACCGGGUUACCACCUUUAUUUUCUUCCACUCUGCUCACCACUCUCUCUACUCAGCCUAACUAGCUCCACCUGUCCCUGCUCUGCUCUGCUCUAAUUACUCUGCCAGCUGCGCUGCAUUACCCACUACCUCUCCCAGUAUUUAAAGCCCUGUCUUUCAGCUCUCCUGUGUCAGAUCGUCUGCAAAGCUCACACCCGGAACCUGUUUGCUCGCGCUUCUGGCUCACCCUGGUUUUGUGACCCCGGACCUGCCUGAUUUUUGGAUACUCUUCUGCCCCAGGAGAUCCAGACCUGCUUUCUGCCAUAACGACUCCUGACUACUCUUCAUUCCCGGUAACUCUGACCAGCCUUCUGCCUUGCUACUACGUAUUCUGGAUUUCCCUUGAACUGUACUGCUGCCUUGUUUCAUUCCGCCCUGUUGUGUCUGUGUCUCCCCCCCCCCAGGACUUCUGGACCACCCACCACCGGCUUCAUAGGACGCAUCGCUGCCACUGGGGGGGGCACAGACCCAGCACAUUGGACGGGAUCCCUGUUACCCCUGGAGCCUUCAUUCACUCCCUACUUCCCUUUUCCCUUAAGUUUUAAUAAACUUUCUGGUGUGACGCAAUUGUGGUCCUCUGGUCGUCUGUCUGAACCGUGACACAAGGUUAGCUCCAGGUAAAUAUUGCAAUCCUUUAGCCAUUCCUGGACCUGUGUCCAAAAACAAGCUACAAAUGGACAGAACCAAAACAAAUGAUCUAAUGAUUCUGUCUCUUCACAGCAAAAUCUGCAGAGCUGGGAAGAUUGUAUCCCCCAUAUAAAUAACAUUCUAUUGGUACCAAGAAUUUGAUAUAAUAAUUUAAAUUGAAAGAUUCACAUUUUUGAAUCCGGUGUCGUUUUGCGUGUCAGUUCAUAAACACUAUGCCAUGGGAUCGGUACGUCAAAAAUCUCUUCCCAACUAUUUUGCAAUCUAUAUGGGACGGCUGUCAAUCCUUUGGUCCUUGAAUGAAACUGGUAUACUUUUUUAUUUAUCACAGUUUUCCUUAACCAAUUAUGUUCUUUAAUGCGCCGACAGACAAGUUCCUUACUUUCUCCCCCUUCCACUUUCCUCUUCCAUUUUUGCGGUAAGGCUGCAAUUAUUUGGUUGUAAUUUUGGGUAGAGCAGACAUUUACAUAUGUUUUUGUUAGCUGCAUGUGCGACAUAACUCCACCAGUCCUACCGAUGACAUCAUUUACGAAGAUUAUACCUUUUUUAAACAUUCUGUCAAAAAAUAAAGUAUUUUUGUCAAUUAGUAUAUUUGAAUUUAACCACAAUAUUUGUUGCAUUAUUUGUUCUGUCGUUUCUGGAUGAUUAAAUUGAAAUUGCAACCAACUUUCUAUGGCUUGUUUUAGAAAUAGUGAUAUUUGGGAGAUGAUUUCCUUUUCAAAUAACUGAAAAUGAGAGGUUGUGAUCUGAAUAAAGGGAAAAAAGGCCAUUCUUGAAACAUUGGGUGAGACAAGCUUACUAAUUUGCUAGAGAACCAGUUCAGAUUUUUAAGUAUAACUUUUGUAUGAUGAAGCUUUUAAUGAUAGGUUAAUGCUUAAUAUUAAUAUUUCUUGUCCUCCGAAUUCUAUUCAUAUAUAUAAAUAGGGCCCUUUUAAUUGUUGGCUUGCUGUUCCAAAUAAAAUGGAAUAAUAUUUCUUUUCAUAUUAAUCAAAAAACAGUUCGCUAGGCGUAGGCAAAGACAAAGCAAAUUGUUUUAUCAUACACUUUUUGCCACCGGUAAAGUUUUAGAACACCUACUCAUUCAAGGGAUUUCUUUUUUUUUUUUUCUAUAUUGAGAAUAAGUGAAGACAUCAACACUAUGAAAUAACACAGUAGGUGACCGGGCAGUGUAUAUUAUUUAUUUUUUUCUUAGCUCAACUCUUAGCUCAACUGUUAUCCUCUUGCGUAAAUAAAUGAAAGGGUAUUUAGUUGGAGUCAACAAUCCAGAACAUUACAUUAAAAAAAAAGAGACCAUCCUUCACUUGAACAUAUGUUGCAAAUGGUAUUUAUUUAUUUGUUUGUUUGUGUUUUUGUUUGUUUGUUCCCCAGCCUGGAGGUCCUCCUGAUCCAGAGCAACACUCUCAACAUGUUUGGACCCGUGGACCUCAGACUCUACGGGAGGCUCCGAGCACUGCAGGCCGGACAGAACAGGUCUGUGUGUGCUCAAAAGUAGUAGUGCCCUAUGUAGGUAAUAGGGUCCUGCCUUAUAUUUAUUGAUUAGUCUGUAUCGAUUCUAAAAUGAAUGAUCCCUGCAGCCCAUUCUCCUUCUUCUUCUUCUUCUUCUUCUUCUUCUUCUUCUUCUUCUUCUUCUUCUUCUUCUUCUUCUUCUUCUUCUUCUUCUUCUUCUUCUGCUUCUUCUUCUUCAGGUUUGUGUGUUCCUGUGAGUUUGUCUCCUUCAUGGUCUGGAGGUGGGGUGGAGCAGUAGAGGGCAGUGUUGAGCUAACAGACAGAUUGGAUAACUACCUUUGUGACUCACCGCUGCCCCUGCAGGUGAUUAAAAUAUUUACUUUAUUUACUAUUAUUUAUUACUAUUAGUACUAUUUCUUUUAAACACUUUUUUAUUUUUUUCACUAUUUUAUUCUUAUUCUCUUCACUGCUUAUUUUUACGUUAAUCUCUUUUUUUUUUAUCGAAUACCUUUUCUACUUUUAUUAUCAAAUGUAGUGUGAGGAGAGCUUGCAAGUAAGCAUUUUCACGGUACUGUGUAUACUUUGCUGUAUCCCGUGUAGGGUUGCUAAAAUCGUGUAACUUCCCCAAAAGUCCCAGGUUUACAAGAAAUCCCGACUAGAAGAUUUCCAGAAUCAGGAUGGAAUAAGCAGGAAAUCUGGGAAUCCUCUGACCAGGAUUUCUAGAAAACCUGGGAAUUCUGGGAAUGUUCCUGGAAUUUUGCAACCCUAAUCCCAUGCAUAUAAUAAAUAAUCUUUGAUUUACAGGGCCAGAGGGUCGACCGCGUCCGGCUCUCACCGUUCCAAUGCCACCGCGUCCUCCUCGUGUCCGCACUCUGCGGCUGUAUACUCAUUUCCGGAAUCCUGUUGGUGAUUCUGCUGUGGAAGCUCCACGCGGUGUGGUACAUGAGUAUGAUGUGGGCGUGGCUUAGAGCCAAACGGAAUUCUGGUAACCGGAAGCGCCGGGAUGCAGCAAGGAACGCCGACCCCCUCUGCUAUGAUGCGUUCGUGUCGUACAGCGAGCGAGACGCAGAGUGGGUCGAGGAAUUCCUGGUUCCAGAGCUGGAGAAUUCCCAGCCUCCACUCUCCCUCUGCCUCCACAAGAGAGACUUCCUGCCAGGUUGAUUGAUUGAUUGAAUCCAUGACCUCUUCAUGACCUCAUCCCCCAGGACCUUAAAAUACUUCUUAGCUUGUUAAUGUUUUCAUCCAUUGCUUUUUUUCUGUUUGGUUUUGUUGUACCGUGUCCUUAGGAUAUUUUGAAAGGCGCUUUAAAAUGAAUGUAUUUUGUUUAAUUUCUUUCUUUAGGCCACUGGAUCAUGGACAACAUUAUCAAUGCAAUGGACCGCAGCCGACGCACACUCUUCGUCCUGUCAGAACACUUUGUCCACUCCGAGUGGUGCCGGUACAAUUCCAUUCUGUCCUGUCUUACUAGUGUGCAGAAUGGUCGGUUAAAGCAUUUCAGUUGCUUAAGAUCAACAUGUCAGCAUCAUUACAGGCUCAUGCUGGUACGAUAGUUGGUCAUGUGUCUAAGUUUUAAUUUUUUAAAUUUAAUUUUCUGUCCUCCAAAAUUCAUAUUCUUUAAUAAAUGGGGCCUUUUUAAAUUUUUUUUUGGCGGGCUGCCAAAAAAAUUGAAUAUUUCUUUCCAUAAAAAAAAAAAAAAAACAGUUCGCUAGGGAGGCAAGACCAAAGAAUGGGGAAACUGGGAUAAUACAAAAAGGGGUUUAAUAAGGGUGUUUUUUCCAAAAAUUGCCCAGUAUUUCCCUUUUCCAUGGUAGCAAGACUUAUUUUUUUGCAAUUUUCUAUUAACUUUUAUUGGAGUGAGUUUCAUUUUUUCCUUUGGGAUAUAUUUCCGGGUACAGUGGGGGAAAAAAGUAUUAGUCACCCCCAAAAAUGUGCAAUUCCCCACUUAAAAAGAGGAGAGAGGCCUAAAAAUUUUUCCAAAAGGGUUUAAACGUAAAACCCUAUGCAGAAAAAAAAUGAGAAAAAAAAAUCCAAAAAAACCCACUUGUAGGUUUUUUAAAUGUUUUUGCAAAUUAUGGGGGAAAAAUAAAGUUUUUGGUCAAAAAAAAAGUUUUCAAUAUUUUGGUUAUAACCCUUUUUUGGCAAUAAUGACACAGGCCCAAAAACGUUUUCGGAAAUUUCCUUCAAAAAGGUUUUAACACACUGUUGCGGUUUUUUUUGGCCCUUUCCCCCAUGAGAUCCCCUCUAGACAGUGAUUUUUUGGGGCUGUUGCUGGGCAACACAGACAAAAAACUCCCUCCAAGAUUUUCUAGGGGUUGGAGAUCUGGAGACUGGUUUGGGCCCACUCCAGGACCUUAAAAUGCUUUACAAAACCACUCCUUCGUUCCCGGGGGCGGGGGGUUUGUUUUUGGGAUCUUUUGUAUGUUUAAAAGGGACCCAGCCCACUUUUUUCACUUAAAUUUCCCCUUUGUGAGGGGAAGGGGGUUUUCAUAAAAACCCCCACGAACAGGGCCCCAAUUUAUUUUUUCCCUUUUUAAAGGGAAUAAGGGUUUCCGGGUUUCCCUUUGCGGGAAAAACCCCCCCAAACCCGGGAUGUUUCCCCCCCCAAGGUUUCCCAAGUGGGUUUAGGGUUUGUUUUUUUGGGAAUUGAAAAUUCAGCAUUUUUUGUCCCCAAACAGACGAGUUGAUUUUUUCCCAAAAAAAGUUUUUUUUGGUUUCAUUAACAUAUGACACUCCCAAUUUCUUUGGAUCUUAAAAUGCACUCAGCAAAUUUAAAGAGGGCCGGGGACUUUGUACUGGCUUAAGCAGGGGGAAAAGUCUGGCACGGGCGGGUUUUGAGCCCCGGGGGCGUAGUGUUUUUACGAUGGUAGGUUUUUUAAACUUGGCCCCCAAAUUUCCUUGGGGUAUUCACUGGGGCCCCCGUGUGGUUCGGGGGGUUUUUUGCUCACCGUUUUGGGUUUUUUGGGGAACCCCGGGGGGGGAGAUCUUGCAUGGGGGCCCCAGAUCGAGGGAGUUUUUCAGUUUUUUGUAUGUCUUCCUUUUCCUAAUAAGCCCCCCAAAGGGUUGAUUUUUUUCAAACCAAGUGUUUACCUAUUGCGGAUUAGUUUUCCCCAGCCGGGGCGGUCUACAAUUUUUUUUUGGGGGUUUGCCCUUUUGACAGCUUUUUUGGUUUUGGCCAUAGGGGAUUUGGGGAAAAGUGUGACGGGUUGGGGGUUUGGGGACAGGUGUCUUUUAUAUGAUAAAAGUUCAAAAAAGGUGCCAAAAUAAAAACAAGUGGUGAAAGAGGGGGGCCUUUUAAACCCGAAAGAAUUUAAGGUCUGGGGAGGGGCCCAGAAAUUUUGCUUUUUUGAAGGACCAAAUCUUUUUUCCCCUUUAAUUUGCAAAAAAAAUUCUUUUAAAAACCUUAAAAUGUGAUUUUCUGGUUUUUUUUCCAAAAUUUGUCUUUUCAUAUUUAAAGUGUACCUAUGAUAAAAAUUCCCGGGCCCUCUCCAUCUUUUAAGUGGGAGAAUUUCCCAAAAUUUGGGUGGGGGACAAAUAUUUUUUCCCCCCACUAUAUAACUGACCAAAUUAUGAAAGCCCAAGCAUGAAAUUUUUGAAUUCCUUUAAAGUGAGGGGGGGAAAAAGGGUUUUAAAACAAUAUUUUUUGCCUUUACCAGACGGUGAGGGAAAUGGUCAGGAUGCUCCGAUUUUUACAUUUCUUAAUUUUUUUGGGGGGAAUCUGGGGGGCCCCAUGCCAAAAUCUUUUCAGUCCCCGGGGGGGGAAUAGGUUUUGUCGUGCCCUUCACGACUUUUUGGGGUUUUUGGGGACCUGAUAGUUGGUUUUUGGUGAUGUGGACCCCAAAGGGAAAACUUGGAAGCUCUGACCCGCCCCCACUGCACCCCCAAAGAUUUUUAAAGGGGGGCCCCGGUUCGCCCCAAAAUAAUUUGAGGGACUCCCCCUCGGGUUUGCAAUGAUGUGUUUAAAUGAUUUGUGAAUGACUACCUAUUAUGACCCCAACAUAAAAAUUUCGGUAAGGUCCCUCAGUCUGGGCAGUGAAUUUCAAACACAGAUUAAAAACCACAAAGACGAGGGGGGGGUUUUUCCAAUGCUUUUAAAAAAAAAAAAGGCAAAAUAUUUGGUUUGAUGGGUGGUAAAAAAAAAAGCAGACUUUAAUAUCCCCUUUUAGCAUGGUUUAAAAUUAUUUUAAAUUCCCCUUUGGGGUGCGGUUUUCUAUACACCCGUCAAUACAAAGGGGCCCCAGGGGUCCUUUAUAAUCAGUUUUUCCGGGGAAAAGGAAGGAAAAAAAAACUUUAGGGAUUUCAACAUUUAGGGCCCCAAAGGUUUACUUUUAAAACCCCCUUUCAGAGGUUUUAAAGUUGUGAUAGGAGAAAAUGAGGAUGGAUCAAAAAAAAAUUUUAGUUAACCACAAUAAUUUAACCCAAAUGAAGAGUAAUGACUCCCGUUUAAAAAACCCAUUGUAAAUUUUUCUUUACGUUCCAAUAUUUUUAUGGAAAAGGGAAAAAUUUUUAAUAUGGCAAAAUGUCCGGAUUUAAUUUAAACCAAUGAUUUGAUUCACCCCAAAAUAUUUUUUGGGAAAGGGGUCUCCAAACAAAAUACUUCCCCAACCCUAAAUAAUAACAAUUGGGCUUUAAAAAGGGGGGGAAAAAUUGGUGUAUUUAAAUGGGGUUCCCCUUUUCCCCCAAUAUUUUGAUUUCCCUUCUCUCCAGGGUUUUAGUGGUUGUCGAGAAAAAUUCAAAAGAAAAAGGUACACCAAAUUUAAAAAGGGAAAGGCUUUUUUUAUAAAGUAUGAAAACCCCCACUUUAAUGAAAAAAUCCCCGAGGGGAAAAUUUGUUUUGGGUAGCAAGUGGGGGGUUUUCAGCGGCUGAAUUAAAAAUUUUUUCAGCACGCAAGGGAAAACCCGCCGCAAAAACCCGUUAGCAACCCGAUUAAGGUUUAAAUUGAAAAAACCAAUACCCGGGAAAGUGCGUAAAGGGAAAAGGGGUGCGAGGGGAAAAGGGCCCUUUGAGCCCAAAAUGAAAGGGUUUGGAUAUUCCUUUCUAUUCAAAUCAGCAAUCAGGAAAAGAAAAUUUCUUUAAAAAAAACAGAACAAAAAAAUUACUUCUACCCAAACAAAAACAGGGAAAAUUUCUUUUUUCCCCAAACAGAACAGAAAUUACUUCUUUCCCCUCAAAAAACGGUUUUUUCUUUACCUCAAACCGUUUUUCUCCAACAAACUUUUAAAAUUUCUCUACCUAAACAAAAAAAACUUUCUACCACCAAGAAUACACCUUUUACUUUAAACGUUUCUUCUAAUUUUAACAAGGUACUAUUUCUACUUAAAUACUACUAAUACUACUACUAACUAAAAUACUAUACUACUACUACUUACUAUACUACUACUACUAAAAAGGACUAUACUACUCUAAUUUCUACUACAAUCUAAUGCUUACUACUAAAUAAUAGAGACACUUACACACAAAAUACAUAGGGAAAACUACUCUCUACUUUUUACCAAAUCCCCAAAAAAAAUAACUUUGACAAAAAAGUUUAGAAAACCUAGGCCACUAUAACCCUUAAAAGGGGCAAAACCCCCCAAAAACAAAAAAUUUUACUUCUAAUAAGGUUUCCCUAUUAAAAAACAAAAACGAAACCUGACCCAAUAAAGGGUUUCACUUAAAACCCCCAAAAAAUACCUACUAUUUGAUAAUACACUAUAAAAAACCCCACAAAACAAAAAUCCUUUCUAUCUAAUGGUUACUAUAAAAACCCCCCCCAAAACCCCCCAAAAAUUUGUACUAUAAUACAAUAUAAAACCCAAAAAAGAAAAAAAAUACCUACUACUAAUAAUACGGGGUAGGUAAAAAGGCCAAAAAAGUUUUCCCUUUAAAUCAAUUAAGGUUUUUUCAAACCAGUUAAAAACCCCCGCCAAAGAACCAUUGGUAAACCCUUUUAAUAGGAGGUAGAAAACCCCCAGAAAAAACAGUACCCUUAGAUUAGAUAAAGGUUUUAAAGGGGUAGUAAAAAAACCCCGAAAAAACGAACCAUUCCCAUCUAGAUAAGGUUAGGGAGGCUAGUAAAAAAAACCCCCAACAACAGUACCAUUAGUAUCUAGAAAGGGUUGCAGGUAGUAAAAAACCCCCCGCAAAAAACAGACCCCUUUAAAUAUUAGAUAAGGGUUUUGCAGGCUAGUAAAAACCCCAAAACAACAGGAAACCCUUUUCUAUUUUGAUAAGGUUAGCAGGUUUGUAAAAAAACCCCCGCAAAAACAAUUUCCAUUUGCUACUAGAUAAGGGUUUGCGGGAGUUAAAAAAACCCCCGCAACCAAAAAGAUUUCCAUUGCAUCUAGAAAGGUUAGCAGGGGUAUAAAAAAAACCCCGCAACAACAGAUACCAUUAGCUAUCUAGGGUAAGGUUAGCAGGCUAGUUAAAAAACCCCCGAAAAAAAACAGGUUUCCAUUAGGGUAUCUAGUAAGGUUAGCAGGUAGUAAAAACCCCAGCAACAAAAAAGAUACCCCAAAAAUAUCUGAUUUAAAGGGUUUGCAGGCCAGUAAAAAAACCCAAACAAAACAGGGUACCCAUUAAACUUCUAGUAAGGUAGAGGGUAGUAAAAACCCCCCGCAACCAAAAAAAUACCCCUUAGCACUAGAUAAGGGUUUGCAGGCUAAAUAAAAAAACCCCAGCAAACAAAAAGAUACCCUUAGCUAUCUAGAAAAGGGUUAAACCGGUAGUAAAAAAACCCCCGCAACAAAAAGAUACCCCUUUGCUAUCUUUGAUAAGGUUUGCAGGCUAGUAAAAAACCCCCGCAACCCAAAAGAUACCAUUAGCUAUUAGAUAAAGGGUUUGCCCGGUAGUUAAAAAACCCCCGCAAACAAAAACCCCGAUACCCAGCUAUCUAGAUAAAAGGUUGGGAGGCUGUAAAAAAACCCCGCAACCCAAAAGAUACCAAUUUGCUAUCUAGAUAAGGUAGCCGGCUAGUAAAAACCCCCCGCCAAAAACAGAUACCCAUUAGUAAGGUUAGCAGGCUAGUAAAAAAAACCCCCGCAAAAAAACAGAUAAAAUGCUCUAGGGUAAGGUUUGCAGGCUAGUAAAAACCCCGCAACAAAAAGAUUUCCAUUGCUAUUAAAAAAGGGUUUUUAGGUAGUAAAAAAAACCCGCAACAACAGAUAACCCUUAGCUAUCUAGAUAAGGGUUUGCAGGCUAGAGGGAAAAAACCCCCCAAAAAACAGAUACCAUUAGCUAUUUAAUUUAAAGGGUUGAAAGGUAGUAAAAAAACCCCCGCAACAAAAAGUACCAUUAGCUUCUAGAAAGGUUUGCAGGCUGGUUUAAAAAAAACCCGCAAAAAGAAACCAUUUGGAUCUAGUAAGGUUAGCAGGCUAGUAAAAACCCCAGCAACAACAGAUACCAUUAGCUAUCUAGAUAAGGUUAGCAGGCUAGUAAAAACCCCAGCAACAACAGAUACCAUUAGCUAUCUAGAUAAGGUUAGCAGGCUAGUAAAAACCCCAGCAACAACAGAUACCAUUAGCUAUCUAGAAAGGUUAGCAGGCUAGUAAAAACCCCAGCAACAACAGAUACCAUUAGCUAUCUAGAUAAGGUUAGCAGGCUAGUAAAAACCCCAGCAACAACAGAUACCAUUAGCUAUCUAGAUAAGGUUAGCAGGCUAGUAAAAACCCCAGCAACAACAGAUACCAUUAGCUAUCUAGAUAAGGUUAGCAGGCUAGUAAAACCCCAGCAACAACAGUACCAUUAGCUAUUUAGAAAAAAGGUUAGGGAGGCUAGUAAAAAACCCCAGCAAAAACAGAUAAAAUUAGCAUCUAGUAAGGGUUUGCAGGUAGUAAAAACCCCCGCAAAAAAACAAACCAUUAGCUAUCUGAAAGGUUACAGGCUAGUAAAAAAACCCCCCCCAAAAAAAAACCCCGAUACCAUUAGAAACCGAUAAGGUUGGAGGCUAGUAAAAAAAACCCCCGGGAACAACAGUACCAUUUGCUAUAAAAAAAGGUUUAGCAGGUAGAAAAACCCCCCCGCAAACCCAAAAGAUACCAGAGCUAUCUAGAUAAGGUUUGAAAGGGUAGAAAAACCCCCGCAAAAAAACAGAUUUCCAUUUUGCUAUCAGAUAAGGUUAGCAGGCUGUAA